AUGGUCUCCUCACGUUCCUUCCACUCGCUGGAAAGCCUCUCCCUGGCGGAUCGAGUGCUUUUCAACCAGUUCAGCAGAGGCCCGAGUGAUGUGAUCCCCUACCACGUCGUCCACCACGCCUUCGAGUCCAUCGCCGCGGCGCAUCCCGACGUCACCGCCGUCCGACACUACGAUGGCACAACCAUCACCUACCGCGAGCUCAACCGCAGAGCCAACAUCCUCGCCAAUGAGCUGAGGAGCACGUACGGCCUCAGGAAAGGAGACCGUGUUGUCCUCGUCUACUCCCGGUGCAUUGAGAUGGUUGUCUUUAUCUUCGCCGUCCUCAAGGCCGGUGGCCAGUACGUCCCCCUCGACGGCGGUAUCAUUCCCGAGGACACCCUCGGUUACGACAUCUCCGACUCCAAUGCCCCCGUGGUGUUGUGCCUGCCCAAGUUCAGAGAAAAGGUCCUCCGCAGUGUUCCUGCCGACAGACAGCACCGGGUGAAUGUCGUCGAUCUUGAUGCCAACAGCUGGCUCUGGAAGCACGGUAACGCGGGACACCCCGGUGUCAUUGUAAAGCCCGAGGACGGCGCCUACGUUAUCUACACCUCCGGCACCACUGGACGCCCCAAGGGUGUUGAUGUGAGACACGAGGGCGUUACUAACACGCUUCUGACCGAGCCCUCGAAGCUCGGCAUUCGCGUGGGAAAGAAUGUGGCGCAACAGUUGAACGUUGGCUUCGAUAUGUGCGCGUGGGAGAUUCUGGGUACUAUGAUGAACGGUGGUACGCUUCACAUCAGAGGCAGCGGCAAUGACCUUUGGACGGAUUGCUUGCAGCGUGUCGACACCGUCAUCGCGACGCCCUCUGUCGUCCUCAAGCACAUGCCCCGUCGUGAGGACUUCCCUAAUAUCAGAACCAUUGCCGUCGGUGGUGAGCCUUGCCCUCUGGCCCUCGCCGAGCAAUGGGCCCCCUACAUCAAGUUCUGGAACGUUUGCGGCCCGACCGAGAUCAGCAUCCUCAACACCGCUCACCUGCACAAGCCCGGAAAGACGCUCUCUAUCGGCAAGCCCAACCCAAACACCAACGUCUAUGUCCUCGAUGAAAACGAAAACCCCGUUCCCAUCGGCGAGCCGGGUGUUAUGUGGGCUGGCGGUCCUGGCGUGUCCAGAGGCUACCUCAACCUGCCAGAGCUAACCUCGCAGAGAUACAAGCUGGACAAGUUCACGCAGGAUGGUCGCAUGAUGUUCAACACCGGUGAUCUUGCCCGCUGGCUUGAGGACGGCAGCUUGGAGCCCCUCGGCCGCAAGGAUGACCAAGUUAAGAUCUCCGGCUUCCGUGUCGAGCUCGACGGUGUUUCCAGAGCCAUUGAGAGGCACUCCGCUGUCACCAAGGGUUGCGCGCUGAAGAUCGAUGAUCGUCUUUGGGGCUUCUACUCGGCGUCGUCGCCCAUUGACGAGGCCGAGCUCAAGGCCAUCGUCGGCGAAGGCCAGCCGUUCUACGCCGUUCCCACCGUUUGGAAGUACCUCCCCGUCAUCGAGCUCACCCCCAACGGCAAGGUCGACAAGAGAGCUCUCAAGGACAUUGCCAGCGGUGCCAGACAAUCUCUGCCUCCUCUGCCCCUUCCGCCCAUCUCGACCUCCAUGUCCACGCCUCAAAACUCCUCCAGCGCAUCUUCCAUCAAGACCGAGGUUGCCUCCCCCACGAAGAGCGAGAGCGGCCUCACCCUCGUCGAUUCCCGCACCUUCACUGUUGUGCCGUCUCGCGGCAGCGACCCCGACCUCGAAAAGACGGCUGCCUUCGUCGAAGAGGAGGCCGAGAAGCAGGAAGACUACGAGCUGCCAUCCAAGAACGGCUUCCACGGAUGGCGCUGGAUCCGUCACCGCGGUCUCAACGCCUAUCGCAAGUUGUUCGGCGUGAUCUUCCUCGCCAACCUCGCAACCUUCGUCUUCCUCCUCUGGGACGCCCGCGACAGGAACUUCUCUCUACCGCUCAACCACCUUGCCACCGCCGUCGCUGCCAACCUCCUCGGUGCCGUCCUCCUCCGUCAGGACUACGUCGUCAACUUCAUCUUCUGGCUCUGCUCCCGCGUUCCCACUUCGAUGCCCCUUUCCAUCCGUCGCCACUUCGCCCGCGUCUACCACAACGGCGGUGUCCACUCGGGCUGCGCGGUCUCCGCUACCGUCUGGUGGGUCAUCUUCACCGGCGCCGCGACGGGCAACUUCCUCGCACCACAAUCGCUAUACAACGUCUCUCUCAUUACUCUCGUCCUUACGUACCUAAUCCUCCUGCUGCUGCUCGCCAUUCUCGUCAUGGCGUACCCCUCAAUCCGCGCAAAGAUGCACGACCAAUUCGAGUGGACGCACCGCUUCGCCGGAUGGUCAGCCCUCGCGCUCGUCUGGGCCCAUGUCGUCGCGACCGCCGCCUCAACCGCUUCACCCACGGAGCCCCUCGGCAUCACCCUCGCCAAGACACCCGCGCUGUACCUCGUCGCCCUCACAACGCUCUCCAUCGCCCUCCCCUGGAUGCGCCUCCGCCGCGUCAAGGUCGUCCCGGAGCCCCUCUCCAAGCACGCCGUCCGUCUGCACUUCGACUUCUGCACCCCGGGCCCCUGCACCUCCCGCGGCGUCCGCAUCACCGACCGCCCCAUGGUCGAAUGGCACGCCUUCGCCGCUAUCCCCGAGCCCAGCGGCAAGGGCUUCUCCAUCGUCGUCUCCAAGGCCGGCGACUGGACCAAGCGCAUCAUCGAGAACCCGCCCACCUCUAUCUGGACCCGCGGCACCCCGGCCUCCGGCGUCCUCGCCGUCGCGCCCCUCUUCAAGAAGAUGGUCCUUGUCGCCACCGGCUCCGGCAUCGGCCCCUGCCUCCCCGUCCUCAUGGAGCGCCGCGUCCCCGCCAGGGUCGUCUGGUCGACAAAGAACCCCCUCAAGACGUACGGCCAGGGCGUCAUGGACACCAUCCUCAAGGCCGACCCAGACGCGCUCAUCUGGGACACGGACCAGCUCGGCAGGCCCAACCUCGUCCAGCUCGCGUACAACGUGUACAAGGAGAGCGGGGCCGAGUGCGUCGCCAUCAUCUCCAACGGGCCCACCACCAACAAGUUCGUGUACCAGAUGGAGAGCAGAGGCAUUCCCGCCUUUGGACCCAUUUGGGACUCUUAG